UGUUCCUGGAAAAACAGACACAGAGGCAUUAUGAAAAACCUACAUUUCAGAGUCGUAACAAUGCUAAUAGGUCUUCUUUUUACUGGAACAAUGACAAGCCCAUCAAGGAAGAGCAGUAUUUCAUUCGAUUCUGAGUGCCAGCGAAAGGGGUAUCUCCUGACAAAUUGUUCUUUUACUGGAAAGCAUGAUACACCUGUAGACAGACCACAGACAGCAGCCACAGUGGACACAAGUGCCAAUUUCUUUAGGGCUCUCUUACAGUCUCACAUAAAAAAAGAAGACUGCAGUAUAAAACAUCUGGACCUCAGUAACCAUCUCAUUUCACAAAUCACCUUAAGCCCCCUUGCACACUUCCAUGUUCUGGAAAUACUAAACCUCAGCAACAAUUCCAUCAGCUCCUUCUCGUUGGAUCUGCCUAGUCUUACGUCACCGAGGUGGAAGUGCCACAGAAGCAGCUUGAGACAUGGGCUUCCAUUUCUAAAGUUGUUAAUUCUUCAAAGAAACAAGCUCAGUGACAUUCCCAAGGGACUGUGCAACCUGAAGUCAUUACAGAGUUUGGAUCUGUCGUUCAAUGGGAUAUCGCAGAUUGGUUUGUCUGACUUUCGUAACUGCUCAAGGCUGGAGAACCUCAACCUAAAGAGCAACAGGAUAUUUAGAAUUCAUCCAGGAGCCUUCAAGGACCUCAAGAAGUUACAGGCUGUAGACCUCAGCAACAAUCUUCUGACCACCAUCCUACCAAUGAUGAUCAUUGCUCUAGAACUUCCCCAUCUGGAGGUGGACUUGGCUGGUAAUCAAUGGCAGUGUGGCGACAGCGUGGUGGCCUUCCAAAAUUUCAUUUCUGAAUCCUGGAGGAGAACAUGGAAUGUGAUUUGCAGCAAGUCUACAGGGAACGAGGAGGCACCCCGCUGGACUCCCCAAAGCAAGAAUUCCAGGGAGACGCACCUUCCUCUGAUGACUGUGAAUCCUACAAAAAGCCUCAUAGCAGGCAAAGCCGAGGGGCCCCAGGAGGGAGGCUCCGAGCAUUUUUCCAGCCCAGGGAAGAAGGACCCCGCCGACACCCACCCCAGUGGGAAGCGGAGCCGGCUGCCGAGGAGGGCGAGGAGCCCUGCCGACGGGGAGGCCCCCCAGAACCUCGCCCUGGCAGUGUGCCUGGCCGUGUUCAUCACGUUCUUUGUGGCUUUCUGCCUGGGGGCUUUGGCAAGGCCUUUCCUGGACAGACUGUGGCAACAGAGGUGCGGUCGCAAAAGGCCCGGUUCGGAUAAUGCGUACUCCAACGAGGGCUUCUGUGACGACAUGGAAGCUGCAGGCAGCACCCAGCACCCAAGGAUGGACCUGCCCCUCCGUGAGAGGCAGGCCCCUGCCGGCUUCGAUGCUGCUGCCGGCCCCGGCGAAACUCCAGGAAACGGCAGAAGUGAGCUUGGAGGCUGGCAGAGCAGGGGACGAUGCGGGGACCACGGUGGGCCAGGGAGCAGAAACGAUGACGUGCUUCUGAGUGACAGCAAGGAGGCCCGGUCCGUUCUCCGAGGACAGUCAAAUGCUGAUUAUGAGGACGUAAUUCCCGCAGGACAGGACCGCGUCUAUGAGAAAGACGUUCUUGGAGAAAUAAAUUAUGCAACUGUGGCCUGGGAAGACUCUCCCAGCGAGUGUUCAGUGGGCGUCCCUGCGACAGCUGGCAGACUGCGGCGUGCCUCUGGCUCAAUUCAUAGUGAUCCGGAUGAAUUAAACACGCCUGUCUCAAGAGAAAUGACAGCUUCGCUCUCUGAAAUGCAAACACGUACGAAAGCAUGGAGGACUGCAGAGAAUGAGAAAAACGGGGGCACCGAAUGGUUACCUUCAGAGUUUUCGGAGGAAACGCAAGCGAGGGCUUGCACGAAUUUGCUGGACGCGCAGCAGCCAAGGCUCACGGGGGCCAGUGCUGGGGAAGGGCCUCCCAGGGAGGUCACGCUCGGUGACCCAGGAGAGAUGAACCCAUCCCCACCAGUCCUUCCUUCGAGAUGGGGCCAUGGCCUGCAUGUCACUCCCGCUACCAUGGAACCAGAGCAGAAACAUGGUCCUUCUGACCCUCAGUACGAACUGGAGAGCAACUACGAUUCUGAUGAAGGGUCUUUAUUUACCCUCAGUUCAACAAGCUCAGACGAUGCAAGAAAUGUGGCUGAAGAAGAGGCACAUGGGGAGAAGAGCCACAGAGCCAGUGAGCCCCCAGAGGACGAGGACUCAGCUGUGAGGAAGGACAAUGUUACAUCAUUAGAGGAUCCUGAGGACUACAGCCCCUUCCAGAAGAUUCUGAGGAAAUAUGAGAAUCAGGACGACUGUUUCGAAGAACCUCUCAUUUUUGGUCCAGACUCUGGUUCAUACAAGACGCAUCUGGAAAGUGCCUCUAACACUCAUACAGUUGAAGAUGCAUUGACCUUGCCUGGAUCACCGGGCAAUAGUCCCUUCAGUGAUGAGAUCCCAGGCAAGGUCACUUAUGAUUAUGCCAGGGCUCUCCAAUCCGAGGCAGUGGAGUGGCAGUGCUCACUUAGAGACUUAGAAUUUUUCAGUGUAGAUGUUUCACCACAAACACUACCAUGUUCUCCUGAAGUUCCCUCAGAUUCUGGUAAGAGUGACUAUCACGAAAGAGAUUUAGACAUUUAUACAUCUGACCCUUGCAUGCACGGAAGAAAUACAGCUCAAAGAGAUAUUCCUCUCAAGGUCACCACAGGAGAAAAUUUAAGGCCCUCACCACAAAAUUCUGAAGGGGGCCACAUGAAUUCCCACCCGAUGGACACUGAUGCCUAUGAGGAGUUUGUAUGUCCUCUGGAGGACUAUGCUUCCAGGAUGGUCAUAAGCCACACUCAACAUUCCUGUGGUGACGAACCAGCUCUUCAGUGUGAAAUAGAGAGGGAUUAAGCUGAAAACAGUUCCAAGAGCCAGGGGCCACUGUCACAAGAGCCUCCAAAUAAAGCCAGCUCAGUAGGAACACAGGAGCCCUUCAGUGACAGAGACUGGGGUACAUAUUCUCAGGAGGGUGUGUAACCGUCAGAAAAGGAGGACUCUAACUUCUAUACUCAAAUGCAGACCCAGAACAACGUGUUGGGAGUUGGCUUUCUGGAUGAGGACCACCUCUACUAUGACAGAGACCAAGACAUGGAACUUGAAAGUCAAAUGGAAUUCAAAUAACAUUUGACCAAAAUGUGCAAAUAACUACAGACCAAAGCACUGGACGGAGCUGCUGAACACAUUUUAACAAAUUCUGCACGAACGACAGCACAGCUUUCAGGAGGUCGAUCAUGAACCUACCAA